AUGAUCGUGUUGGCAACAGCAGUGGCAGUGUCACUUUUCAUCUUCUAUCACUUCGUAUAUCGUACACUGUGCACAGGUCCCCUACAGAAAGUGCCUGGACCGAAGUUAUAUGCUAUAACAAAAUGGCGUCUUGCCCUUGACGACUACAAUGGAGCCAGAACGCGAUCUAUCCACUAUUUACAUCAGAAGUACGGAACGGCAGUACGAAUAAGUCCAAAGGAAGUGUCCUUCUCAUCCCUCUCAGCUUUGAGGACAAUCUACGGUGCUGGAUCGGGAUUUGAGAGAACAAGCUUUUACCGCAUGUUUGACGUCUAUGGCCGACAGAAUCUUUUCACUUUUGCUGGUGUCAAGCAGCAUGCCGACAGGAAGAAACUGUUGGCUCACGCCUACUCGAAAAGUGCGAUAUUGUCACCAACUGCAAUCGCGAAACCGCUUAUUGAGAAGAACGUGAAGAGCUACUUGGAAUUACUGGAACACGAAAAGGGGGUGACAGAGGAGAUCUUCCAAAGUCUUCACUGGUUCAGCCUUGAUAGCAUUACUGGAUUCCUCUACGGAGACCAGCAUGGAGGAACACAUGCACUCAAAGGAGACUCGGGAGAUAGAGCCCUUCUAGGUGAUAUUAUUGACCCUAGCCGGAGGUUGCUGAGUUGGUACACUGUCCAUAUGAAGAAUUACACGAAAUGGCUCUAUACGCGAACUGGAUUAAUGGAGAAGGUCGUUACCAACUUGGGAUUACUACCAAUGAAGAAACCCGCAACGUACACUGGUAUCCGAGCCCACGCGUUGAAAGCGUGGAAUAGUUUUGAAGCAUCUGUCACCGAGAACCCUCCAACGCGGGACAUGUCCAUCAUGGAGAAAUUAUGGCGACACAGCAUAUCCGAGAAAGGUCCGCGUCUUGAUGGCCUUGAUAUUGCAUCGGAAGCAGCAGAUCACUUUUUAGCCGGAAUUGACACGACAAGCGAUACAUUAAUGUUCACAAUAUGGGCGCUUUCACGACCGGAAAAUCGGAAGUACCAAGAGAAAUUGAUCCAGGAGGUUGACAGUAUCCCUGACACGGACUGCAACGCAGAUGGCAAUCCCAGCGCGGAGGUUGCGGAUAAAUUGCCAUAUCUCGACGCUAUUAUCAAAGAGACUCUUCGGCUAUAUGCGCCGUUGCCAGCAUCAGAGCCGCGAUCAUCUCUGGUGGAUACUAAAAUUGAUGGUUAUCUGAUCCCAGCUGGGACGGUAGUUAGUAUGUCACCAUAUAACCUCCACAGAAACCCGGAGGUGUUUCCAGAACCGUUGAAGUUCAAUCCAGAACGAUGGCAUGGUGAGAAUGGCGAUUGUACGGAGAUGAAGAAGUGGUUCUGGGCUUUUUCUAGCGGAGGGCGUAUGUGUAUUGGGCUACACCUUGCGAUGGCGGAAAUGACAACAUUACUCGCUGCGAUUUACAGAAGAUACACGACGAGUGGAUAUGACCGGCAAAAAGGCAUAAGUCCAGGGAUUACGAGUCGAUUUGAAGUCUUCUAUGACGAAAGUCUUCCCAAGUUUGAGGAACACGAAUGUUGGAUCGAUUUCAGGAAGCGUGAAGAGAAAUAG